AGGUGAGCUGAGCUUUACCGAGGACCUGGCCGUUAUGAAUCUCCUCCUCCUCCUUCUGGCGCUGCUGUGCGCACGUGGGGGACCUCUGGCUAUUGUGACGUCACGGCGGCCUGUGACGUCACCCUCACCGUCGACGUUAUCGUCGUCGCAGUCGUCGACAACAUCGACGGAAGCCGCGAUGUUCACUCAAACAGCGUCGUCGUCAUCAACAUCAUCAACAUCGACAACUCCAUCACAAAGACCAUCAACAUUAACGUCAACAUUAUCCACAUCAUCAUCAUCAUCGCCACCAAUAACAUCAACAUCCACAUCAUCAUUACGUGAUGAUGAUGAUGAUGAUAUCAAUGUUGAUGAUGAUGGCGCCAAUGAUGAUGCUUAUGAUGAUGAUGACUUUGCUAGUGGUGACCCGGGUCUGUUGAUGGAAAGGCGCUUCAUGCUUCAACUCUACAACAGAUUCCUCUCUGAUCGCUCCGCUAUUCCAUCCGCAAACACCGUGAGGAGUUUCAGAACAGAGGAAGUGAUCACCGUCGACGACUUUGGCUCAAACCCGACGCCUCCCCUCCUCUCGCUGCUCUUCAACAUCUCCUACGUGCGACGUCACGAGCUUAUCGCCUCGGCCGAGCUGAGGCUGCCACGCGUGCUGCCAGGCGGUGCUAGUUGCGUGAGCGUGACCGGGGAUGACCCCUCCCUAGACCUCGUCCCCGGAAGAGAGGGGGUUGCAGCGGAGGGCGGGGGGGAGCCCGAGGAGAAAGCGUUGUUCGUGACGUUCGACGUGACGUCAGUCGUGCGCGGCUGGUCUCGUGACGGGAUGGGCGCUCAGAGGCUGCGCGUGCACGUGGCAUACGGAGACGGCGGAGGAGACGGUAGAGGAGACAGCGGCGGCCGCGUCGACGCCUUCAACAACAACAGCAGCAGCAACAAUAAUAAUACCAACAACACGUUCAGCAGCAUCAACAAGAAUAGCAACAGCAGCAAUAAUAACAUUAACAAUACCCACAACAGCAAUAAUAACAAUACCAAACACAACACGUUCAGCAGGAAUAACAGCCACAACAACAGCAAUAAUACCAAAAACAGCCACAACAGUAGCAGCAGCAUGAGUAACAUCAGUGUAACGAGUGGCCUCCUCAACAGCAUUGGCCGCAGCAGCGACGUCACUGUAAUAAAAAACCCUGACAUGAACCCCUUCGGCGGGGGCCACAUCCUCAACAUCGUCGCCUCGAAGCUCAAGGCCGAGGCUCUCUUAAUCGUAUUUUCUGACGACGAGAGGAGACGUCACCAUCACCACCACCUUCGACAAAACAAACAUCGUCGUAUGCGAGGCCGUCGCCAUCACGGCCGCCGUCGACAGGAGGUGCACGAGAUGAUUGGCCAUCAGGAGAUCAUUGCCCUGGGUGGGCGAGAGAGCAGCAGCAGCAGCAGGGGGAGAGUGUCAAGGGCGAGCCGAGCAUUGGGAGAGGAGAUCGGGAGGGGGAUCAGUGGGGAGCGCAGACCGGGAGAGAGCACGGGACAGAAGACCGGUGGAGGAGGAGGAGGCGGAGCGAAGCGCAAGGGGAGCACCAGGAGGGAGAUGAAAGAUGUUGGUGGCAGGGAGACCGCGAGAGGGAUGAGGAGGUACAAGUCCGGCAGUAGCAGUAGUAGAGAGAGGGGCAGGCUAACGGGGAGCGCGAUGACAACGACGACGAGGAGGAGAGGCGGCGAGGAGAGGAGAGAGCCCGCGAGGGAGAGCGCGAUGAACGCAGUCGACGCUCUCCCCACUGCUCCUCUGCCCGGCCGUGCCCGACGCCACGCGGCGACAGCACCGGCAGGAGGAGCAGGGGGAGUUGCGGCCAUCGGUCAGAGGCGAGGACGAGGCUCCGUCUACUGCAGAAAGGUGCCGCUCAGGGUCAGCUUCAAGGACAUCGGCUGGAACACGUGGAUCAUCGCCCCACAGGAGUACGAGGCGUACGACUGCGUGGGCAACUGCUCGUUUCCGCUCAUGGACCACGUGACGCCCACGAAGCACGCGAUCGUGCGCGCACUCCUUCACACGCGGCGGCCCGAAGCGGUCAUGCGGCCCUGCUGCGUGCCCACACGACUUGAGGCCAUCUCCAUCCUGUACCUGGACCCGGCCGGCAAGGUCACCUACCGCUACCGCUACGAGGGAAUGAUUGUGGCCGAAUGCGGGUGUAGAUAGGGGACAGAGAUACAGGGGGAGUGAGA